AACUACGACCGAGCGUAGAGGAUUAAAAUUAUUAUGUGAAGUUUGUGGAUAACAUCGACAAGUACCUGAAGGCCAUGACAGAUCCUGCAGCAGAGCACGAAGAUUUCUCAAAAAUGUACCAAGAAGAGGAUGAAUCGGCCGUAAAAUUUCACGCUCGUCUCACGGAGAAAGUACUCCUCUGUCGCUACAGUCCGGCGGAUCAAGACCGUUUCGUGAGGAAUCAACUUCUAAGAGGCCUUCGCAACCAGGAACUGAAGAAAGCGGCGCGAACAUACAAUCACGAUUCCAACACAAUCGUUCAAGCAGCAACACGCGCCGAGGCGUUUCAGGCGGAAAUUACCAUCCCCCGAGAGGAGCCAAGCACGCUUCUGGCGAGCAGUAGCAGCAGUUUUCGAGGCACUGAAGGUCAGCAUAAGCGCGGGUUAGUUGCUCAACCCACAACCAGUAAUCCAGCGAAAAGAUUCCAACCCUACAAGAUGUCAGCAUAUCAGCCAAGGGGAAGUGUGAGUCGUCGUUAUAGAUGCUCGAGAUGUUUUCGACCAUCCCACGCUGGUAGAGAAUGUCCAGCACUUAGAAAAAACUGCAAUUCUUGUGGUCAACGCGAGCACUUCGCAGCUGCAUGCCGAGUGGAUAAAGUCCGCACGGUAAAGGAAGAUAUUGCUGAAUCCGCUGUAGAUGAGAAUCGAGAACAGCAUGUUAACACUUUACCUUUACACGAUGUGCAGAUAGAUUGUCGCAUUGGCUCGUCAGCUCCAAUCAGAUUUCUGAUUGAUUCAGGAGCUAAUGUAAAUGUUGUAGGAGGUGCGGAUUGGAUAAAGUUAAGCAAGGAUUGUGAAAUGGGAAAAGCUACACUCGUUCAGAACAAAAUACCACAGAGUAACAGUCUACGAUCCUAUGCAUCAAAUAUACCCAUGUUGGUAGAAUGUAGAUUCAGAGCUACAGUUGAGGCGGUUGGACUUACUAAACCAAUAGUCUCGGCGGAUUUCCUAGUCGUGAAGGAGGGUAAAAAAUCUUUGCUAGGUAGAGCCACAGCUAGUGAUAUGGGCCUGUUGAAAGUAGGGAAAAUGGUAAAUGCUUGCGAAGAAUCUUGCAUAUUUCCGAAAAUGCCCGGCGUAAAAAUUAAAUUUAGCGUCGACGACACCGUGCCACCUGUUCGUAAUGCGUACUAUAAUAUUCCCGCCGCUUAUCGCGAUGGAGCUCGCCGACGACUGGAACAGAUGGAAGCCAGGGGUAUUAUCGAAAGGGUCACUACUGCUCCACAAUGGAUUAGUGGCAUGUCCGCCGUCCCGAAGGGGAAAGGCGAUUUUCGCUUGGUGGUAAACAUGAGAGCGCCAAAUAAAGCCAUUAAGCGAGAAUAUUUCCGUUCACCUAUUAUCGACGAAAUGAAGGUGAAAUUGCAUGGUGCAAAAUAUUUCACUAAGCUCGAUCUGUCGGAUGCAUUCUACCACCUUGAGUUAAGUGAAGACUCGCGAGUACUCACCACGUUUAUAACCGAAAACGGAAUGUAUCGUUUCACUCGCUUGAUGUUCGGCGUCAACUGUGCGCCAGAAAUAUUCUAG